GCCGCGGCGAGCGUUGUCAGGAAUUCCCCCUUCCUUCUUCCGCAGUCGGGCGGUGACGUCAUCCCGCUGCGGCGACGGGCAGACUCUUCUUCGCCGAUGUGACGACGAGAGAAAAAAGGCCGCAGGAUGUUCGCUAUCUCUGCCACCCUAGUUAUCUCCCUCUUCGCUCUGGUGUGCCCGGGUUACGCGCUGUAUUUCCACAUAGGGGAGACGGAGAAGAAAUGCUUCAUUGAGGAGAUUCCAGAUGAGACCAUGGUCAUUGGCAAGUACAGAACUCAGCUGUGGGACAAGCAGACCAGUUCCUUUCUCCCGUCCACCCCCGGCCUUGGGAUGCACGUUGAAAUCAAGGAUCCUGAUACUAAGAUCAUCCUUUCUCGACAGUAUGGGUCAGAUGGACGCUUCACCUUCACUUCCCACACUCCCGGAGAACACCAGAUCUGUCUGCACUCAAACUCCACCAAGAUGACUCUGUUUGCAGGGGGAAAGCUGAGAGUGCAUCUAGAUAUUCAAGUUGGAGAACAUACCAACAACUACCCUGAAAUUGCAGCCAAAGACAAACUCACCGAGUUACAGCUGAGAGUCCGACAGCUGCUGGAUCAAAUGGAACAGAUCCAGAAGGAGCAAAACUAUCAGCGGUAUCGAGAGGAGCGAUUCCGCAUGACGAGUGAAAGCACCAACCAGCGUGUGCUCUGGUGGUCCAUUGCCCAGACUCUUAUCCUCAUUGUCACCGGCAUCUGGCAGAUGAAGCACCUCAAGAGCUUCUUUGAGGCCAAGAAGUUGGUGUGAGUUCCCAUUUACCGGCGUCUGCAUCGGGAUGACGCGGUGUCAGGCAGAGAGACUAUCUCAGCCAAGAUGGAGCGACAUCCACCACAGUGGAGGAAACACAAGAUAAGAGAUGUGUGUUUACCCAUCAGCCAUUACAGGAAAGCGGCUCAGCCCCCAGUGAGAGCACACUGAGGGCAGUUUUAGUUUUUGGGGAUUUUUUUUUUCUUAAAGAGUUUUAUAUACACUGUUUUUACACGGCACCACAUUCCAGGCGACUUUCUUUGGUUUUUUUUUUUUUCCAGGAGAUUUCCUUUUAGCACUCCCCAAUUCCUGUACAAGAAUAAAUGGGAGAAACAUCCUGAGCACAAUUUUAUUUAUUUUAUUUUUUUAAAUACUUUUGUUGGAAUGGAGACGAGUCAUCGAUGAAUCGGAAUACCUAUUUAAGACGAAAUAGAGUUUAAUGAGUUAUCUGUUGGUCCUGGGACUCGCUGGUCUAUGUACAGCCUGUUUCUUCACUGCUUUAAGGUUGCAUUUAGCUCUCUGAUAUCUAUUCAUAGACCUUUUGUUUUGCUCUACACUUUUAUUCAAACACUUAUUUGAAUCUUCUGUCUGCCUUGCUACUGAGAGAUCCCUUCUUCUGCCUGUUGUGUAUAGUUUCUACUUUAAAUCAGAAUUCAUGUGCACUAUGCCAGACAGGUGUGUAGUUUGUGAUAAUAACCUUCUCGUGCCACAGUCACCUGUUGUCAGUAGGUGGAGCUCAUUGACUGACCGGUUCAUACCAUCCAUCCAUCCAUUAUCCAAACCGCUUAUCCGAAGUCGGGUCGCGGGAUGCCGGAGCCUAUCCCAGCAGUCACUGGGCAGCAGGCAGGGAGACACCCUGGACAGGCCGCCAGGCCAUCACACGGCUGACACAUUCACACCUAGGGACAAUUUUGUGUGGCCGAUUCCUCUGACCUACAUGUCUUUGGACUGUGGGAGGAAACCGGAGCACCUGGAGGAAACCCACGCAGACAUGGGGAGAACAUGCAAACUCCACACAGUGUGUGGAGCCUCCACACACAGCGGCACGGUGGUGCAGUGGUUAGCGCAAUUGCCUCACAGCAAGAAGGUCCUGGGUUCAAACCCUGGGGUUGUCCAACCUUAGGGGUUGUCCUCUGUGUGCAGUUUGCAUGUUCUCCCUGUGUCUGCGUGGGUUUGCUCCAGUUUCCUCCCACAUUUCCGUUCAUUCCUUCAUACAUCGUGAAAGGUAUGAAAGCUUUCUGACCUUUUCCUUAACUUGCAUUGAUUUUUUAAGCUGUCCUGGCUUUUGUGGUAUUUCUGAACAUAACACAAACUUGCUACACUCAAACCAGCUAUUACACUUGCAUUUCACUCGAGAUGGAAACCAGACUGGAGCGUCCAGGUGGCGUGGCGAUCUGUUCUGUUGCCUACCAACAUGGGGAUCGUCGGUUCGAAUCCCCGCGUUCCCUCCGGCUUGGUUGGGCGUCGCUACAGACACAAUUGGCUGUGUCCGUGGACGGGAAGCCGGAUGUGGGUAUGUGUCUUGGUUGCUGCACUAGCGCCUCUGGUCGAUCAGGGUACCUGUUCGGGGGGGACUGGGGGGAACAGCGUGACCCUCCCACUUGCUACGUCCCCCUGGUGAAACUCCUCACUGCCAGGUGAAAAGAAGCAGCUGGUGACUCCACAUGUACGGGAGGAGGCAUGUGGUAGUCUGCAGCCCUCCCCGGGUCAGCAGAGGCGGUGGAGCAGAGACCGGGACGACUCGGAAAAUAGGGUAAAUUGGCCAAUACAAUUAGGGAGAAAUGGGGGGGGGGGUCCAAAAAAAGAAAAAGAUGGUAACCAGAUUAGUGAAAAUGUUGGAAAUCCUCUAAUGUAGAGGAAGAGGUCUGUGUCAGAAUGGAGCUGUCAGGAGAGGAAGGUGGCUUGCUUCCUUCCUUCCUUCCUUCACAGCGACUGUUUUCCACAUGUCAAACUGAAGAGUGGGCUCUCUCGUGUCCCGGAUGCGAAUUACUUUGACUUUUGAUUGCUUUUGUCUCAAGGUCUUAAGCUGUUGUACUGUGGUCUGGAUGUCACCUCCAUUUGCUCAUAAAAUGAACUUUGGCCAGAAGUUGUCUGUAAGUCAUUGUUGUUCGGUUUGCACC